AAUAUAUAUAUAUCAAUAUAAAUAUAUAUGCUACAUUGUAAAACCUGUUAUCAAACGGUCCACAAGUGCUACGCUAGCUAACUUUAGCGUUACCGUUUUAGGAUCAAGUGAUUGCAAGUUAACUAAUUAGCUCUUUCUGAAGUGUAACUCCAAGUGAGGGCAACACCGGAGUAAUGAUGCAGCGAAUAAACGUGCAGCUAGUUUUCUAACUAACGACAAGCUUUCGGUUCUGAAAAUACCAGGUUGUCAACGUAGAUUACGAUUUGAAAGAAAUGUUUGUUUUUUUCCCUUAAAAAAAACUACCUUAGUCCUAAGUAAAUUAACAUAAACGUUCAUCUUUACGAACUACUUGACACUUUAAGACUCAGGCUAAGAACACCAUUAUUUAAAUGUAUGUUCAACCUGUCGAGCUGUAUUGUACAUUUUGUAACGUUAGGAUGAGAUCACAGAAACAACAGCUGAGCCAGAUACCAACGUUGACACAUUACUGAGAAGAGUGAUACUGUGCAAUAGAGUUGGAUCAAAAGUGUGAAUGUUUUGUAAGAUAGAAGGCCACAUUGUGGGGUAUUAGGUUUUAAGACAUGGUUGAAUGUAAGCGACUGAGACUAGAAUAUACAUCAUAUUUAUAGCAACAGUACAGUAUAUUAAAUACCAGCUUCAUCAGGUUGGGCAAACUCAUCCUAACCAAGCUAUAGCUAGUGUUGUUGACUUGUUCAUCACCAACAUAAGUUGGUGCCAGGAAUUGGGGGGGGGGGGGGGGGGUUACCUUUUUCAAUAGUAAGUAAACAUCACAAUUUAACUAUGUAGAUCACAAGUUUACGGAUUACUUGUUUCACUUCUGUGUGACUUCACUUCCUCUUCAUCAUAAUGUCAAACCUAAUAACUACUCUAUGUAAGAUGAACACUGAGGACAAGUUGGAGGAGGGUAUGCUGCUGAAAUGCAGCAGCGGAGGAAUAGAUGGAGGAGGAAGAGUUGGGCUUGGCAAUGGAGGAGGACUGGUGGUGAUGACACUGGGGGAACGAUCACUGGCAAACCACCCACUGUUGGCUGAGGACGAUGAAGAUGAAGAUGAAGAUGAGGACUUGACUGGGAGCUCACUAGUCACACACGACCUGGUCCCUCCAGAGCAGCUGAUGAUGCAGGAGGAGAUGACAAAGAAUGGUAGAGGAGGAGGAGGAGAAGAGGAGGAGGGAGGAGGCGAGGUGGGAGUGCAUUUCCCCCUAAAACUCAACAAUAAGUUGCCCUGCUUGCUUCAUAUGCCAUUGAGCAUCAAGCAAGAACUGAAGCCGUCUGAGACAGCGGUCCAGAUGAAGAAGGACAAAAAAGCAGUUAAGGACCUGAUUGUUUGUCCAAAGAAGAAAAAGAGGAAACAACGUUCACCAGCUAAGAUUCUCAACAUCAAUGAUGAUGAAUCAUUGGGCAUACAAACCCCCAAGUGUCACGUCUGCAUUCACUGUAAUGCUGCAUUCAGAACCAACUACCAUUUGCAGAGGCAUGUCUUCAUUCACACUGGUGAGAAGCCGUUUCAGUGCAGCCAGUGUGAUAUGCGCUUCAUUCAGAAAUAUCUCCUCCAGAGACACGAGAAGAUCCACACUGGUGAGAAGCCUUUUCGCUGUGAUGAGUGUGGGAUGAGGUUCAUCCAGAAGUACCACAUGGAGAGACACAAGAGGACUCACAGUGGCGAGAAGCCUUACCAAUGUGACUACUGUCACCAAUACUUCUCCAGAACAGACCGGGUUUUAAAGCACAGGCGAAUGUGUCACGAAAACAGAGAGAGAAAAAGCAACAAGGCAGCUGGUAAAGUUGGGCCAUUGCGUGAAGCAGAUUCUUCGGGCCUCCCCUUUAUUGCCAAAGAGUGUUCACUGCCCAAGAAAAAGCGGCAAAAGUGUGCAGACAAGAGUUCUGGAGCUUCUACCAAUGCUAAAACGGAUGGGCACGCUGUCACUGUCGUCGAAACGGAGGAAAAGGACGAGCAAAGACCGAAUAAAAUUGAAGGUCUACCUCUCUAUGCUAUGUCCUCCAAAGUCAAACAUGAGUACGUGAUUGCAGAUUACUCUGGGGAACUUCCGGAAGAAACGGCGAGCCAACACCCAGAGGGUGACGUGUCAUCAGAAGACACGACUCCUCCCAAACUAGUCCUGAAGAAAGUCCCCAAGAGGAGUCUCAAACAGUCCAGUGAACAAACUCCUCCCUGCCUGUCCACUUCGUCUUCCUUUGAGGAAAAUACGAAGGUCACACAUUACACCUUUGAAAUCGUGGACAAGCAAGGCCUUUUAGAAGUAGAAAGCAACACUGAACUCGAGUCUCUUCAAGGAGGACCAACAAAGCCAGCAGCUAGCAGCACAAACUACGACGACGCCAUGCAGUUUCUCAAAAAGAAGCGGUAUCUUCAGGCGGCAAUGGCCAACAACAGUCGGCAUUAUGGCCUGAAUAUGAGCAGCAUUUCGUCUCAACCGCCUGUGACACAAACUGUGGUGUCAGCAGUUAUUGACGAAACGGUGCCUGCCACCAUUCUGGAGCCCCAGCCAAUCAACACAGAGAUUAAAACGACACAUGACAAGAGUGUGUUGCCAGAUGAGGUUCUUCAGACGCUGUUGGAUCAUUACUCUAACAAAGCCAACGGGCAAUCAGACAUUUCUUUCAGCGUGGCUGACACUGAGGUGACAUCAAGCAUAUCCAUCAAUUCCUCUAAUGUUUCAGACAGCAGCCCUGUUGAGAGUCUCGGAGCCUCCAGUGCCCCGGCUCAGCCCGCUACUGAGAAGGUCAGCCUCUUGCAAGAAUACUCCAAGUUUCUCCAGCAAGCAUUGGAGAGGACCAGCCAGAACGACAGCUACCUGACCAGCCAGAGCCUCAGCUUGGUCUCCGAAAACCCCACCUUAGCUGGACAACCUCUGUUCUCCACCGAUAAACAGUUUCCUUCCCCCAGCAGGUUCAAAUCAGGGAUAAGCUCUCCGCUAGAGAAACCUAACUUUGGAUUACUGGUCGGGGACUCCCAGCACUCAUUUUCAUUUUCAGGUGAUGAGACCACCCCUCCCUCCACUGUGUCCCCAGCUGAGGAGGACUUCCUGGAACAAGUCUCGCCCUCCAAAAAGACAGAUUCUUCACAAGGCAUAUUGCAGACUUUUCAAAUAAGCUCCUUUGAUCAGAACUUCAAAUCUAAUUUCCAGACGUCAAGAUCUGGAUCCUCCUCGCUUUUUACUGUUGCCAAUGGACAAUUAAGUCUUCGAGGACACAGCACAGACUUCUCAGAGUUCCCCUCGGUCAGAGUCAGUGAGACCAGGUCUCAACUGAACUCCUCCCCUGAUGUUUCCUCCAGUGAAACCUUUGGCUGAAGGGAGGGGUGAAAAAUUAAUGUCUGUUAAUAAUUUCAGCGGCACUUUAUCUCACAUUUCCUGUUUUGCCAAAACAAGUCACAUUGCAACUAUGUGGUCUCUCAAAGCAUUUUGUUUAAUGAAAAUAAUUAACUUUUCUUUUUUUGCAACCUCAUAAAAUGGAAAUACUGAACAUGUAUAUCAUCAUAAUUGGCAUUCCCUCUAAAAACAAGCAACAAAUUGUAAUUGUGCAUGGAUAUAUUUCUUACCCCAGAAUGUAGAUUGAGAGAUUAAGUGACCAAAGUUUAAUGCAAGACAUAACGUGAAUAUUUUCUCAUACUGUUGCCACAUAAUUUAUGUUUAAUGUUUUGUCAAUCAGUUUGCCCUUUAAAAUUAUCAAGUCACUCGUGCUGCUUAAUGCAAUAUUUCCACUUAUUGAAACAUAGGCCCUAUUUAUAUAUGCCUUUUUGCUCGUAGCUACCUCCCCUUGCUGUUUAUCUGGUUAUAUUUAAGUCCACUCCUAGAACCUUAUUAUUCCAGCUUUGUCACUCCUGUUAAAUUGUCUACUGAAAGGACACCAUGAUUAGAUCAUAACUGAUUCUUCACUUUAAGUCACUUUACUGUCACCUGAGAUUAGUGUGUCCUUAAGAAAUGUGUAGUGAAUGCGACAGGAAACUGAUUAUAUUCCUCUGAUAUGGAAUGUAGUUUAUCUUCCAUGUGCAAAUGAAGCUUAAUUUUGUUGGUUGUGAUGGCCCAAAGAAAUAUACAAAUAGUUCUCUUAAAUUCAAAAUCGAAUGAAUUAUUCAAUUUAAUGUAUUUCCUUUGUGGAUGAAUGUAUUGGCACGUACUUCUGUGACUCUAGUGCAGCAUAGGCAGAAAAGAAAAAUUAGGAUUUAGAUUUAGGCAUCAAAUUGUUGCAUUCGUGUAAUGGUUGCGGAGUCAUUAUUAUUUUCCUUCAGCAGUAUAAGUCAGUUGUAAUGAAAUUACUUAUGAGGAUUGUGCUUAAUUUUUGCACAAUUUGCACAAUCUUUCACUACAGGGAAUGUAGUGUGUACUUACAGAUUUGAACAUUGGAGGCGACGCUCGUUGCUUUCGUCACUUAUGAUGCAGCAUUAGGAGCUGCAGUUUUAUAAUACUUUUGAUUGUUCUUUGUGGAAGAUGCAUGGCUUUUGGGGAGACAACAAUGUGAUUAGACCCACUUGUUUUGAUUGAAACUCAAAGUUGUAUUAAGGCUAUAUUAUGAAAUACAGUACACAUGUAAAUGGGGUGCUUAGUUUUUCCACUUUAUUAGUUUUUGCAAAUGUGCCUUUUUUUUCUUCUUUGUUUUCUUCCUGGCUUUUCUUUACUCAUUCCCGUUUAGGUAUUUCCAUUUUUUCUUAGUCCGAGCUCUAAGGUUACUAAUUCCACUUGCACACUAACAACAAACACAUAAGCUAUCAACCUAUUCAGUCUGUAAUACGUUGAGAUCUGAGAGCGUUAUUUAAUUUUGCGCAUCAUAUUUUAUUAUUUUUUUAAUUUGAGCAGAAAUAACAUAUAGUUUAAUUCUCAAAACUAUUAUCUGUGGUUGGAAGGACACAGCAUUGUCAUUGUCUGUGCAGUAUGUGAAUACAGAAUCAUGUUUCAGACUUCUAAUUUUGAUCACUAUUUGCUAGAAUUCAAUAGUAAGCCACAUUUGUCCAGGCCUGCGUUUGAGUAAGGUCUCAUCUGGGCUUCAUCACGCUGUUGAUUGUAUUCCGUGUGCACAUGUAUGUGUGAUGUUUUAGGUGCUAUUGUGUAAAACACUGUUUUUAUAUGCACCGUCAGAUUAGGUUUGAUAAUCAAUGUUAAACUCCCUCUUGUUACACUUCUCCGGACAAUCAGGGACAGACAGCACCUGCGUUAAUCAUCAAAUGCUUUAUUUUUCCUCAUUGAACAUUCCCACUAUAAUGUAUAGAAGAUAUCCUGCUGUAAAUACAUUAAAUAUUUGUAUGUUCAGAGAA